CUCAAAAAAAAAAUUGAGUGUUUCUUCUCUGGUUUGCCGACUGGUCUUCUUCUUCCGACUGGUCUUCUUCUUCUUCCUAGGCCGUACGAACGCUAUUAUAUACUCUUGUGUGUACGUAUUCUGUGAAGGAGAGCGAUAGAGGAAUUGGGUUUGUUUCCAAUUGGUGCCGGAGUUCUCCAUCAAUCCUUCGUUGUCUCGAUUCUAUCUAUGUCAUCCGUUUCUCCUCCCAUGGCAGCCGCAAUCAGGUAAUGCUUCCUAUGGAAACUCAUUUUACCAGUGAAGUAAGCUUGACAUCAUCCAAUCUGUAGUAAGUAGUUUUAAUACAACCAUGGCUCGUAAGGGGAGUCAGCAAAAGAAUGGUUUGGAUCACUGUUCGGAAAACCAUAAGAAAGUGGAGUCCGAUCGUGAACUGUUAAAAGGAAAAGCAAGUCAAGGAAGGGUUGUUACUGCAGAAAACACCCCUAAUUCUAACAAGCAACGUGUGCCUGGGUCUGAAACUGUAGAUAACAGUAAAAAUGUUGGAAUCGAGAAGAAAAGCAAGAAAAGGUUGAGGAAAUCAUCCAAAAAAGAGAAGGUAAAUGUAGACGUGCUUGAUGCAGAUCACCAAGAAACGGGUAGUGACAAUAACUCUGUAGAUUGUGUGGAAAAAGUGUUGGUGGAGGAAUCAACUGGUUUAGAUGAAGAAAUUCAAACAGAUGGCAGUAAUCACUUCUCCAAGAACAUCAACAGUAGUUUCAACUGCUUACUGGAUAGGCUGCAUACACUGAGACCAGCGGUUGAACAUUCCAAGGCUUCAAUUUUAUCCUUUGUACGAGCAAGUAAUGUGUGGCUAGAGAAGCAGAAACCAACAGUUUUAACUCUAAGAACUAAAAUACAAGAUUUUGGCCGUGUCAUUGGCAAGAAAUUUGAACAUGCAUAUCCAAUUAUCUUGAGAUGUCUCGUAAGUCUUGGAAACAUAAUGCUGCUUCUGUCAGUGGUAUGGUUAGAUUGCGCUUUCAGAGGAAUCGAGUCCUUUAUUCAUAUGGGAACAGCCUCAUUCUUCUCAGUUGUAUGGUGCAGCAUUUUUACUAUUAUUGCAAUGAUUGGACUGACCAAGUUCACAAUAGCCAUGGUUGCAACGGUUUUGACCUUCUUCUUGGGUUUUUCCAUUGGAACUUUGUUGACUGUUAUCAAUGGUAUUGUGUUUAUGUGGUUUUAUGGAAGCUUUUGGAUAACUGGCCUUGUCAUCUGUGCUGGAGGCGUGGCAUUUAUGUUUAGUCAUGGGCGCGUGGCAUUGUUGAUCGCCACCUUGUAUUCAGUAUACUGUUUAUGGACAAGUCUAGGGUGGCUGUAUUUGGUUCUUGCUCUGAAUUUAUCUUUCAUCUCAAGUGAUGCAUUGGUAUUCUUUCUGAAAAAUAAUAUAAAUGAGCACAGAAAUUCUCACCCGGAGCAAACGACAGCUGGUGCACAAGGGCAUCCCAGCUUCUUUAAUAGUGAACCAGAGUUCUCAUCAUCUGAGACAGCAAAUAGUCCAUCAGAUCGUAGCUCUGGAAUGGCUUCCACCAGUGGGGCCGAUUCUGAGGUCACUUCUGAAGAUGAAGUUGUUAGAUUAUUAAACUGUACAGAUCACUAUUCAAUACUAGGCUUGUCCCGGCAUGAAGAUGUCGAUGUUACUUUACUAAAAAAAGAAUAUAGAAAAAAGGCUAUGUUGGUUCAUCCUGAUAAAAACAUGGGCAAUGAAAAAGCUGCCGAAGCUUUUAAGAAGCUUCAAAAUGCAUAUGAGGUUUUACUUGAUUCCAUUAAGCGAAAAGCUUAUGACAAUGAACUGAGGAGGGAUGAACUGUUGAAUUAUUUCCGCAAGUUUCAAGAUACUUCUUCGAAGAAUGGAAGGCAAGGAUUCUUUCAGUCCAGAUUUUCGAGUGAAGCCGACAGUAUGAAUCCUCUUGAAGAGUCGAGACAUAUUGCAUGUAGGAAAUGUGGAAAUUUUCACGUGUGGAUCCAUACCAAGAAAGUGAAAUCCACAGCAAGAUGGUGUCAGGAUUGCAAAGAGUUUCAUCUGGCUAAAGAUGGAGAUGGGUGGGUUGAGCAGGCUUCUCAGCCUUUCUUUUUUGGAAUUCUGCAGAAGGUUGAUUUCCCUCGCGCUUUUAUUUGCGUCGAUAACAAGAUUUAUGAUGCAACUGAAUGGUACAUGUGCCAGGGAAUGACAUGUGGAGUGAAUACACAUAAGCCAAGCUUCCAUGUGAAUACUACAAGUGUGGGUGCUUCUUCUGCAAAGCAUAACAGCAAUGGGAAGGGAACCGGACAAGGACAAAGAGGAAAGACAAAUCCAUCAUCAUCGAAUGUUAACAUGGAUGAAGGAAUGACUGAGGAAGAGUUCUUUGAGUGGUUACAGAAUGCCAUGCAAUCUGGCCAAUUCCGAGACUUUUCAGACACUAUGCCAACUGAUAACUCUCCCAAAACCGGAAACUCUAAGAGUGGUGGAAGUAGUAACAACAACAAUGGCAGUAGCAACAACAACAAUGCAAAGAGAAAGAAGGGAAAGAAGCAAAGAUGAGUCUGAGUUAUUUUGUGCAUGUUCUUAAGUAUACCAUACUGUCAUAAGAACUCUUCCCAAGCAGAAGAGUUGCUGAGUUGUCCUAUUCACCAUGUUUUCUUUUUAUGUAUACACUGCCUUCCUUUGGAAAUAUGGUGUAUCCGAACUCGGUUCGACCCAUAUACAGGUCCAAAUCUGUAAUCACAGAAUCCUCCUUCUUCCGUCUCGAGGCCCCCCGAGAUUUACUGGACUUAGGUGAUGGUUAAAAUAGAUUUUCUUGAACAAUUUUCAUUUGAAGGUGGCACAAUUUUCUCUGUAUUUGAAUCUGUAUCUAUAAACUCAUUUUGGUCUU